AUGGACUGGGACGAUCGGCGACGACUGGCGCGUGACAUUGCGCAGCUCACAGCGCCCGACCUCCAAGGCGUGCUGCUCCGGUGCCACCUGGCGCAGCGCACUAGCGUCGGCGCGAUCGACGUGCCCAUGCAGAGCGAAGACCACGCGGUGCGGAAGCAGAGCAAUUGGCAGCUCACGAGCCGCGUCGACUUGGAUGCACUGGACAACGAGGUGCUCCUCGAGUUGCGCAAGUUCGUCGACGCGUGCUAUGUGCCCAAGCAGGCGCCGCUCGAGCAGUGCGAGAUCUGCUGCGGCCUCUGGUCCAACGGCCGCGUCCUCGCGUGCGGCAACCACGCCUGCAGCACGCGUAUCCACGAAGAGUGCUACGGCAACGUCCUGCGCGACGACCCCAAUGGCCCUUGGUUUUGCCCGUCGUGCGCGUACGGCGCUCCACUGCAAUGCUGCCUCUGUCUCCGCGAAGGCGGCGCGCUCAAGCCGACGAGCGACCGCCGGUGGGCCCACGCGAUUUGUGCACUCGCGAUUCCCGAACUGACCUUUCGUGAUGUGCCGACGCUCGAGCCCAUCGACGGCAUCAUGGACCUCGACCCGUCCCGGUUCCGGACACUGUGCAACCUCUGCAAGCGCAAAGGUGGUGCCGUCGUCCUCUGCGAAGAGCCCAGCUGUGCGACAGCGUACCACGUCUAUUGCGCCGCCGAAGCCGGCCUUUGGAUCGGUGCGCCUGGCGACGCGGCGACACCGGCCAACCCGAUGGCGCUCUUCUGCGACAAGCACUUGCCAACGGAUCGCCUUCUCGGGGCCAAGCGGUUUGUGAGCGACGAAGACUUGGCCCUCGAGGCGAUCGAGGCCAAGCAAAUUCGCAAAGACAACAACCAUGUGCCCAAGGACAGUGCCGACGACUAUGGCUUUAUCAUGAACUCGACGGCGCUGCUGCUCGAGCAGCUCAAGUGGAGUGCGCGCGUCGUCACGCCAACGCUACCGUCGUCCACCGAUGCAUCGACACUCUUUCAAGUGACGCCGCGCCUGUACAGCCAGAACCGAUUUCCGAUCAAGUCGCUCGUGCCCGAGGCCGUUGCGCGGCUCGUUGACGUCGGCGAUGGCGUUCCCGUCUUCCCGCCACCGCGCGGUCGCAAGAUUCCGGACGGCCCGAAACUCGUGGGUGGGCUCGUCGAGGUGUUUUGGAAAGGCCAUGACGCAUGGCACCGCGCGCGCGUGCUCGAGUACUGUCCAACGCGCCAGAUGAACCACGUCAAGUACCUCGCCGAUGGCCGCGACGAGUGGCUUCGGCUCGUGCCAGGCCAGUGCCACGUCCUCCGGCUUGCGUCCUCGGACGUCAAGCGCAUCAAACUGGUCCGCUACAAGCACAAGGACCAGCGCGAGUGGCGACCCAAGCCCAUGAGCUUUUAGACGUACAUUAGAAAGACGAAGUAGUACAAGAAGCAUCUUCUGGACGAACCUUAUACUUGCGCCAGG